AUGGGGCCAAUCUACGAAAUAACCAGCCAUACCAAAAUCGAUUUCCGCAACAGCCGCAAGGUUCAGCAAACUCUUAAUUUCCAAAAAGAGACAAAGAAUUUCCAAAAGAAAACUGAGGUGUCCAUCAGAGAGUUGACCACAUCGAUCGAGAAAUUAACCUCUCAAGGGAAGUUGCCGUCACAAACAGAACCAAACCCUAGAAAAAAUGCAAAUGCAAUAAUGUUGCGAAGCGGAAAGGUACUGGAAUCGAUUCCUGAUAGGAAUCUUGCCCAAGAAAUCACCCAGGAAAAACCCAAAAAAAAUGAACAGGUCCGACCGAAGCCUCCAUUGCCUAAAAUUCAACCUCCAUUUCCAGAACGAUUCAACCGAUGUCGAAGAGGUAAAGAGGACAAGGAAAUUGUCAAAACAUUUAGGAAUGUCGAGAUCAAUAUUUCGCUGUUGGACACCAUCAAGCAAAUACCGAGGUAUGCUAAAUUUCUUAAAGAGCUUUGCACCAACAAGCGAAAAUUAACAGGUAAUGAAAGGGUGAAUGUUGGUGAGAAUGUAUCCGCAGUGUUACAACGGAAAAUGCCGGCAAAAUGCAAGGAUAGGGGCAUGUCUGUUGUGCAUCCAGAAGGAGUCCUUGAGGAUGUUCUGGUAAAAGUUAACGAUCUUAUUUUCCCUGUAGAUUUUUAUGUGAUCAAAAUGGAGGAGGAUAGCACUCCUGGAUCUUCAGAUCUCCUACUGGGUCGACCGUUCCUUAGUACAACUAGUACUAAAAUUGAUGUUCGAAGUGGAACUCUCACGAUGGAGUUCGAUGGGGAGAUCGUAAAGUUUAAUGUCUACGAUGCCAUUAGCCAUCCAACCGAAAUCUUGAGCGCACCAGAGCUGGAGUUAGAACCCCCAGGAAAGGCUAGGAAAUUAGACAACCAAGAGUUAGAAGAAAUUCACAAUGAUGCCUACGAGAAUGCUCACAUUUAUAAAGACAAAACAGAGUUGUUUCACGCUAAGAGAAUAGCUCAAAAGCGUUUUUCGGUAGGACAAAAAGUUUUACUUCAUAACCCCGUGUUAAAGUUAUUCCCAGGUAAGCUUCGAUCACGAUGGCAAGAACCUUUUAUUGUUACUAAAGUGUUCACACAUGGAGCGGUUGAAAUAGAGAGUGAAGAAUCUGGAAAGCAGUUCGUAGUCAAUGGCCAGCGGUUGAAGCCAUUUUAUGAGAAUUUUCAAGCCCACACGGUUGAUGAAAUCCAUUUGGAACCACCAUAG